AAGAAAAUGUAAAAGAAGAAAGUAGGAGAACAAUGCCAUCACAAGGAAAAAGAGCAAUCACUUGCUAUAUAUCUAUUUAUAAAAACUAAACACACCUCCAAUCCAUUGCCUCCUCAACCUCAUCAUCGCCAUCAACAAUGGCUUCAGAGAAGGUUGAGACCGUCGUCGCCGGAAACUACCUCGAGAUGGAGAGAGAAGAAGGAGAAUCCAAGUCUGCAAAGAGCAAGCUAUCAAGGCUGUUUUGGCAUGGUGGCUCAGUCUAUGAUGCAUGGUUUAGCUGUGCUUCUAACCAGGUUGCACAAGUGCUUCUCACACUGCCAUACUCAUUUUCACAACUAGGGAUGUUGUCUGGAAUUCUUUUCCAACUGUUCUAUGGGUUGAUGGGAAGCUGGACUGCUUACCUUAUUAGUAUUCUGUAUGUUGAGUACAGAACUAGAAAGGAGAGAGAAAAGGUUGAUUUUAGGAAUCAUGUGAUUCAGUGGUUUGAAGUUCUUGAUGGGCUCUUGGGGAAGCACUGGAGGAACAUUGGGCUGUUUUUCAACUGCACUUUUCUUCUAUUUGGAUCUGUAAUUCAGCUAAUAGCUUGUGCAAGUAACAUCUACUACAUCAAUGACAAUCUUGACAAGAGAACUUGGACUUACAUCUUUGGCGCGUGUUGUGCGACUACUGUUUUCAUUCCUUCAUUUCAUAACUACAGAAUUUGGUCAUUUCUUGGCCUUUUGAUGACAACUUACACUGCAUGGUACUUAACCAUUGCUUCCUUUCUCCAUGGACAGGUUGAGGGAGUGAAGCACUCAGGACCAACCACAAUGGUUCUCUACUUCACUGGGGCUACAAACAUUCUUUACACCUUUGGGGGCCAUGCUGUGACAGUGGAGAUAAUGCAUGCAAUGUGGAAGCCACAGAAGUUCAAGCUAAUAUACUUGAUAGCAACACUCUAUGUGCUCACACUAACCCUACCAUCAGCAAGUGCUGUUUACUGGGCUUUUGGGGACUUAUUGCUUAACCAUUCCAAUGCUUUGUCUUUGCUCCCAAGGACUGGUUUCAGAGACACUGCUGUCAUCCUCAUGCUCAUUCAUCAGUUCAUAACAUUUGGAUUUGCAUGCACACCACUGUAUUUUGUGUGGGAGAAGUUCAUAGGAAUGCAUGAGUGCAAGAGUAUGUGCAAGAGGGCUCUUUCUAGGCUUCCUGUGGUCAUCCCUAUUUGGUUCCUUGCUAUAAUCUUCCCUUUCUUUGGUCCUAUCAACUCCACUGUUGGAUCUCUUCUCGUCAGCUUCACUGUCUACAUCAUUCCUGCUUUGGCUCACAUGAUCACCUUUGCUUCUCCUUCUGCUAGAGAGAAUGCAGUAGAGAGACCACCAUCAUUCCUAGGAGGUUGGGCAGGCUCAUACUGUGUGAACGUCUUUGUGGUUGUUUGGGUUUUGAUUGUAGGAUUUGGGUUUGGAGGAUGGGCAAGCAUGCUCAACUUCAUUCGUCAAAUUGACACUUUUGGCCUCUUCACUAAGUGCUAUCAGUGCCCUCAUAAGCCUUGACAAGUCUUCCUCCCUAUCUACCAUUACCAACAUCAAAUUCAAGAAUUUGUAAUACGUAUGGAAGUGUGUAAAGAGAUUGCCUUUUGUAACCUUUUUCUUUUUUUCCCUUGAAAGUUGUGUGUCAAUGUUCUUUUUUCCCUAUAUGAUUUUAAUUUCUAAUCAAGCAAGAGAAAUGUUUUCUAUUAUGUUGUCAAUUAGGAGGAAGGAAUUGACUAAUUUC